UAUAUAUACAUAUAUCACCUUUCAAACUCAAUCCAUCAAUAUUGCCAAACCAAAUAAGCUCAUCAACAUCAACUGUCUCUCGAAAUUCAGCAUUAGUUAAGAAGCGGAUAAUAUGAUGAGGAGGACAGAAACCUCAUUCCUGGCCUUUCUUAUUCUUCUUCCUCUAGUAGUAGCUGACUUACGAGUUGGCUUCUACAGUGCUACAUGCCCAAAAGCCGAACAAAUCAUCCAACAAGUCGUCCAGAAAAAAUUCUCCAGCGAUCCAUCCAUAACCGCUGCUUUACUUCGCAUGCACUUCCAUGACUGCUUUGUCAGAGGUUGUGAUGCUUCCAUUCUUAUUGACUCCACCAAGAAAAAGGCGUCUGAGAAAACCGCAGGGCCAAACUUGACUGUAAGAGGGUUUGAGGUGAUUGACGAGGCCAAGAAAGCACUUGAGGCUGCAUGCCCUUCAACAGUCUCCUGCGCUGAUAUCAUAACCCUCGCGACUAGAGAUUCAGUCGUUCUAGCCGGAGGCCCGAGCUACAAGUCACCUACCGGACGGCGUGACGGGCUAGUAUCCAACCCCAAUGACGUCAACUUGCCCGGUCCGUCCUUCUCCGUGUCUCAGGCAUUGCAGUCUUUCACAGACAAAGGAAUGACUCUGAAUGAUAUGGUGACUCUUUUGGGUGCACACACAGUUGGUGUUGCGCAUUGUAGCUUUUUUGAAGAUAGGCUCUCCAACUUUCAAGGGACAGGCUCUCCUGAUCCUUCCAUGGACCCAACUCUGGUUACUAAGUUGAAGAAUAUCUGCGCAGGACCUAAUGAUCCUACAGCAUUUUUGGACCAAAAUACAUCAUUUGCCUUUGAUAAUCAAUAUUAUAACCAGGUUAAUUUGAAGAGAGGUGUGAUGCAGAUUGACCAGGAGCUAGGUGUGGACAAAUCAACGGCAGGUAUUGUUUCUGGGUUUGCAUCCAAUGGUGCCAGAUUCAGUCAGAGUUUUGCAACUGCUAUGUUAAAGAUGGGCAGCCUUCAGGAUGGAAAUCCCGGUGAAAUCAGGAAAAAUUGUAGAGUUUUUAAUUAAGUAAUAUUAAUUCAUUUGUGCCUUGUAAUAAUUAAACAAACUUGAAGAAUUACAUUGCUUCUUCUGACAAUAACCAAGUAUGCAUGGUUAUCAUGUCUUCAAAUUGUUGAAAUGUAACCAUGUACGAA